AUAAAGCAGUUUGUACACUUCAGUAGCAGUAAGUCGUCCCUUCCUCACAGUACAGAAGCCUUUGGAAGCCUGUGCUCCUGUAAAUCGAGAGGGUUCUGGACUCACGGGAGUUCUGUUCUUGAUUCAGGUGAUGUCACUGGCGAGAAGACCCUCCCCCCACCUGCUCUGCCAUAUAAAAGGUUGUUGUUGUGCAGCUGCACCACAUCACACUCUCACCGGAGCGCAGGGUAGCCUGUGCUGACUGCCUCUUUGGCUCCCAGGGGGUGUGUUAGAGGAUCUCUGUGAAUUGCUGGGAGAGGCGGGACCCCGCGGGGCGCCAGAGACCAUGUCUGUGGGGCUGGAGAUAGUGGGGAUCGCCCUGGCCGUGCUGGGCUGGGUCAUCGCCAUCGUGAGCUGCGCCCUGCCCAUGUGGAGGGUCACCGCCUUCAUCGGCAGCAACAUCGUGACGGCGCAGAUCAUCUGGGAGGGAUUAUGGAUGACCUGCGUGGUGCAGAGCACCGGGCAGAUGCAGUGUAAGGUCUACGACUCCAUGCUGGCGCUGUCGCAGGACCUGCAGGCGGCCCGCGCCCUCACCGUCAUCUCCAUCCUACUGGCCCUCUUCGCCCUGCUGGUUGCCAUCGUCGGGGCCAAGUGCACCAACUGCAUCGAGGACGAGACGUCCAAAGCCAGGGUGAUGAUCAUCUCCGGCAUCGUCUUCAUCACUUCUGGCGUCAUGCAGCUCAUCCCGGUGUCCUGGUCAGCCAACACCAUCAUCCGGGACUUUUACAACCCGCUGCUGACGGAUGCCCAGCGGCGGGAGCUGGGCACGGCGCUCUACAUCGGCUGGGGGGCAUCCGCCCUGCUCAUCAUCGGCGGUGCCCUGCUCUGCUGUUCCUGCCCCCCUAGGGAGCAGAAAUAUAACUCCACCAGGAUGGCAUACUCAGCCCCACGCUCAGCCGGGGGGGGCACCUAUGACCGUAAAGACUACGUGUGAACUACAAAAAUAUAUAUUUGUAAAUGUCUGAAAAUCCCUAACCCUUCAACUAAGGACCAAACCAACCAAGGAAGAGGAGCAAGCUAACAAGAAAGAAUGACAGAGAUAUCGGUUCAUUUUGCACGUUUGUGACAUUUUGUUUUAGUUUAAAGCUUUUUGCAUUUGUAGAGUUUAUUAGUAUGUUGCUGUGAGUUUCUGUACAUCUCCGGGCCGGUAUCUGUCCUGACUUCACAUUUAAACACACAGUGUUCAGUCCAAGGACUGGCACAUACUGGUACAGAGAUUCUUUGCUGGGAUGUGGCGUUAAAAAUUUCAACUAAUUUCUCUUUGUCACUAACUUUUGAUAGGUAGAUGUUGACAUGGACAUAUUUAAGAAUAAUCUUUGCAAGAACUGUAUCUUUUUAUGAAAAAAUGAGAUGUUUUUCUUGUCCCUUGGUGUUGUUGCUGUGUUAAACUAGGGUGACACAAAAUGUUAUGCAACAAUGAUCCAAAUGGUAUACACACUGAAUGUCACAUAACCAAUGUAGAAGUUUGUAGAUAAGAGUGAUGUGUGUAAUGAUUUUAACAAUAAGCUCCUCAGAUGACUUGAGAGUAACUUUCUCCCCUAAUAUGUUUGAUUUUCAAAUUAUCUGUUCUGUUUACUUCUUUUUAAAUCAGUUAUGUUUACCCAGCAACGUGUAUACAGCUUUGAAAAUGUGUUUUGUUUAGUUUUGUGGUUUGUAAAUGAAAUUGAGUAAAUGAGCAGAUUGUGAAAUAAAGACCAUAGAGACUCCUGGCAUAAACUGCAAGUCAGACGUGAGUCCAUCAGUAACAAGAUGGUCUCUGUUCUUCGACACAAAGAAGCGCUCAGGAGGAGGUGCAGUGGGGAGGCACGGCGGAGGACGCGAGGGGGAGGUGAGGGUCUGCCUCUAGGUGUGUGUCUCAGCGUAUGAAGGGAGGGUCCCUGUGCACGCCUCACUCUAGAGCAGGCUGAAAACAUGUGCUAACAACGCGGAGUCUUUGU